AUGGCUUUCGACAUUGCCGACUUAACUGGCCUUGCAACCAACGUAGAAAGCAUCCUGAAGGAUCUCCCCCAUCUAGAUUCCGUCAUAAUCAAUGCCGGAAUCCAGAAAAGCUAUAGCCUCUUUGAUCCGUCAACUUCUAGCCCCGAAGCCAUUAUCAACGAGAUUAAUACAGACCUGACAGUUCCCACUUUUCUCGUUCGCCUGUUUGCUCUGCACCUCUUUGAGUUGGCAAAGGCAGGAAGUAAAACGAGCUUAUUCUUUACUACCUCCUCUUUAGCCUAUGACCCGCUAAGCUUCUACCCGGCCUAUUGUUCGAGCAAAGCUGGUCUCCAAACGCUGGCCAAAGUCUUACGACAUCAAUUGAGUUUCGCCCCUGAAGAGGCGAAGAAGAAUCUAAAUAUAGUUGAAAUCAUCCCACCAUAUGUCGAUACAGGCCUCGAUCAUGAGUAUCGCGAAAACCUAAAGGUCAUGCAAGGCGGCUCGGAGAAGGCUUACCCACCCAUGCCACUAGAUGAAUACAUCAAUAAAAUUUUCGAGGCCUUAGAGCAGCUUGAGCAAGAUGGCUCUUUCAAGAAAGAAAUCGGGGUAGAACUUGGAAAGCUAGUCGAGGAGACUUGCAGAGGUAGCUUUGGAAAGUUGUUUGAGCAGAUGGGUCUUGCUGUGUAAAUAC